CGUGCAGCGAUUUGUUUGGAAACCAGUGUUCCUUGCUUCCUCCCGUUAAUGUUUUAUGUUUCGUUGACUUUCUCCUUUUUCCGUGUCGUUGCUGAUAUGCGCUUCCGUUGCGUCUCCCCUCGUCCCGUUCAAGGCAAAGGGGGCCCGACUUGCGUUUCCAGGAAAAGUUUCCCUCUCUGUCCGCGAAACCGACACGUGUCCUCGUCUUGUGCUUGUUGUUUCUUCUCUUUCUGCUCAAACCGCGAAUUCGAGUAGGAAGGGGCCAGUGUCGACGAACAUUUCUUCCGAUACCGCUGCCUCCCGUUUCGAGCAUCGACCGGGGGAUUCCUUUCUGUUUCUCCAAGCCGUUUCCGUUUUUCUGCCGUCUUCAGUUCACCCAAGUGCUCCUUUCCGCCUUUUCCCAGGCGCCCCUUUGUGGGCAGCCGUCGGGAGAGAACCGUUCUGGAACACCCUCCGUUUCUCGGGCAGAAAACGAGGGACUGGCAAUCAACGGUCAAGCGUUUCUCGCGUUGUUCGACCGUCGGCGAGGUGUCUGUACGGCUCGGCGCAACUCGUUCUGGACUGGCUGACUGGCGGAAAGGCGCCGACACAGCAUUCAUAGAGAAACCGCGCCAGUUUUCUGUUUUCAGUCACAAAGCAAUUGACUGAGCAGGCAGGGAAUGAGCUGAGGGAGGCGAAGGAACGCUUGAAAAACGGGACACAGUGCGUCCGCGCAUUGCCGUUCUGGAUUCAGGCACGCGAACGGCCAACGAUCGUUUCCACACCCUCCGGCAUGCGGCACGCAGUUCGAUCUUCCAUUUUUCUCUCGAUUCUCGCUUUUCUCAGCCGUUUGUCUUUCGCGGAGGCCGCCCGCUCCUCUCCCUUCUUUGCUUUUUCGGUUUCGGGAAGCACAGUGUCCCCGUUGCAGCGGCCGUUUCGUCUUCCAGUAAAGCGACCCCUUUUUUGUUGAAGGCGAGCGCCCUUUUUUUCGAGCUGCUCCGCUCCUCUUGCAAACGCCACGGAUCUGCCAGGCGGACGGCCUCUCCUUUCCGCCCCCUAAGUUCCGUCUCUUCACUCACACACAUCUGGCUCUUACCAUCACGCCGUUUCGGCCCUCUCUGUUCGUUAUCUUGCAUGUCCUAUACGAGAUUGCGUGCCCUUCUCCGUGAUGUGCUGACAUCUGCCGCGGAUUUUGCGGUUUUUCGUUCGGCCUCCCGACCUCUGGUGUCCUGCUUUCGACGCCCUCGUUUCUGUUUUCCUCCUUUCCUUCCGCUGCUGCCUGUUCCCCCAGCGUCGUGAAGUUCCCGUUUUUUACGGCAUUGUUUUCGUCCUUCCUUCGACUCGUGCCUGAUUUUCGCUUCUGACAAGCUGAACGUCGGUUUUCCACUUCCCCGCUGCUCACCUCGUCAACUGUGAGCUGCGAGCACCCAAAAGACCAGGGCGCUCUAUUGUUUUUCCUCGUCUCCGUCUCGCUCGCUACUUUGUCUUGUCUCCUGGAGCGAUAUUGUAGCAGCUAUAUAUGAAUUUACCGUCUAUCGUGGAGACAUGGAGUUCCUCUGAAUCUAUUCCAUGUGAAGAGCUUCCUUCUGGUCUCUCGCUGUUCGCUCUGACCGUUCGCGAGGCCACAGACCGCCUACUCUGGACUAGGCGAGAGUUUCUGUCGAGGCGCUCUUCCUGUGUUCCCUCUGUCUCCAGUCUCUCCCUCUCAGCUUGCCUCCCGUGCCGCUUCCCUUCCCUCCCUCUCUAUUUCACCCUCUGUUGCCUCCCUGGCUGUGUAGCUGUACAAAUUCACCUUCGGAGACGGGCAGAUUCUCAGGUGCGAGUGAAAGUUUGCCGGAGAGCGGCGCGCCUUCUGCCAAGAUUUUCGGUAGGUUUAUCUCUGGGGCCUUGUGUGCGACCUGGAAAAAGGCCGGCCGCGGGCCAGUUUUUCUUUUCUCUUUUCCAAGAGGAGACACUUUUCUUCAGAACUCGGCGGAGAGGCAGCCUGGCAACCUCUGCAUCACACCGGAGGAGCCCAGUGGGAGGCUGAGAGAUUGAGGAACCGGCCGUUUCGCCUGCUGCUUGACUUCACCUUGUUUCGCGCAGCAAACAUGGGGAAGAUUCCGUUGAGCUUGAGCGACAACUUCCAGCUCGCGGUGUCUUCGCUUCCGGAGACGCAGCGGCAGCUGAUCGAGGUUCUCUCCUCGUGCCCGGACGAAGAGCUCCUGCACCAUCUGCAGCCGUUUCGGGGCUGGAUGUGGGAGAAGCAGGGCGACGUGACGGCCUGGGCGCCUGCGCUGAAUCGCUUCGACGACCUCAUGGUCGCGUACGCGCGACAUAAGGGUCUGCUCGCCGCCAGUGAAGAGAAGAACGCGUCGCCUACGCCCCAUGGAGACUCCCCCAAAGCCUUCGUGCCGUCCGACGAGCUGGUUCUCGCGGUUUUGGAAACCUCCUGUAUCGUCCUAGAGAACUGCUCCUCCAAGUGUCUGUACAGCUCAGUCGACGUCGUGACGAGCCUCGUGGACGCGUUCUACUUGCCCAUUGUAUGCAGCGCUGUCCAGGUCUUGGCAGUUUGCUACGGCUUCGUGAAGCGAAACCGACGCACCGGCUUGCCUCGCGAGUGUCCAGAGUUGACGGCGCGCCUCCCGCUGCUCUGCGAAUCCCCCGUCGCCUACGACGCCUUCGUCCUCACGCGCCAACCAGACCGCUCCCGCAUUCAGCUUCCGGGCCUCCUCUACGACAGCGGAGACUCCUCGCCCACGGAGACACCUGUGGGGUCCGGUGACCCUGCGGCACGGGGCCCAGGGCAACGGCGAGACCGCGAGCGAGACCGCGAGGCCGCUGUAGGGCGCGGGUCCUCGCGGCGGCUCCAGAGGGGCGAGGAGCCGAGGCUCCCUGGCGAGAGUAGAGCGGAGACAGAUGAGUUUUCUGUUUCGCCGCGGCGCGUGGAUCCUUUGACGUUUUAUCUCGCAGAGCGGUUUCCCCUCGACUUUGAGGGAUUCGCUGAGUUCCAGAUCAUCGUCACUUCCGCGGGGGCGGGGACGCCCACCGGCUCGCCCCUCGUGACCCCAGCCGAAGUGUCUCCGCACCUCUCCGGCCUCGCCGGAAGGGAGGGAGAAAGUCACGAGACGGUUCCGAAGAAGCCAGAGCCGAGCAGGGAGGCCGCCGCCGCGUCUGCGAAGAAGGACGAGUACAGCGCGCCGCGCGUAAAGACCGUUCGCAUCCCCUGCGUGGAACUGAUGUUGCCUGAGGCUUCACCGGAAGACGGGGGGGCCGAGGCGAGUGCUUUAGGGCGGCGUGCGAGCAAGGACACUGGGGCGUUGGAGGCGCUGUUUGACAGCGUGGUAAAGAAGUACGGGAUUCCGCCUCAGCAUUUCACGGCGCUGCGGCACAAAAUCCGGCUGCUUCAUGGCCUGCAGAGCGCGUCGUAUCGCCGCGAACUGCUCAACAUGCAGCUCUCCUCGCUAUCGUGUCUCCUCGUGGUCAAUCCGACGCUGUUCUCCUCCUUCGUCGCUUCCCACCCGUUCUUCUUCAUCGACUUUCUGCGUCUCCUGAAACACCAUCAGAAACUGACGCCGCGCACCAUGCUGCUUUGCGCCGAUCUCCUUUCCGUCCUCCUGGAAGAGCGAAACUUCUACAAGCAACUCGCUCCGACCCUCGGCUUGUUCUCUCCCCACGGCCUCUUCCUCUCGAUUCUGCGGCGCCUGCUUCGCCACCCCUGGGCCUCGCAGCCCCUUCGCGUGAAGCGCGAGUUCCUGCCGUUCCUCUCCCCCGCCCUCCAGCCUGGCGCCGGGGCCGGCGGCGACGUCCUGACGGGCGAGGAAGAGCGAGGGAGAGACAACGCGGAGGACGCUCACGUAGACAAAGAGUCCUGCCCCCAAGACGUGACGAUGGAGGAGGCCGGAGACCCCGGAAGGGCAACAGCGAGUCAGGAAGAAACACAGACAGCGACGGCGACGGCGGAGGGCGGCGAUGCGGAGAUGGGGAACGCGUCUGGGAAGGAAGAGAAACGCGACGAGGUUGAGGACUCUGAGGAGGCGAGAAAGUCGGGAGAAGAGCCCCAGGCAGGGCGCAUUGUGUACACAGUGUUAGGGGAACCGGAGGCGGAGCGGCGGCUAAGAGACUGGCGCAGCCGCCUCCAGGAGACAGGCGUCCAGAAGCUUCAGGACGACAUGGACCGCAUGCAGACCCUGCUGCACCUGCUGGCGGCCUACGCGUCGAUCAUUGCGAUGAACAACCACACAAUUCCGGCGUUUGUCCAACCGAGUCUGUUGGCGGCGCUUGUCGGCUUUCUGCGAAACCGGGAGCCCCUGGUGAUUCCCGUUCAGCUCUUCGCUGUGCGCGCGAUCGAGGCGCUCAUGGAGCAGCAGCAGCACAGCAGUAGCAGCUCCGUCAUUCUCCUUCUUCAACAGGACCUCGAGCUCGCCAGGCGCUUCGAGGAGAGAAUUCUCUACGAUGCCGCUUGCCUGGUUCAGCGCGUCCAAUUUGGCAUCUGCGAUGGACCUGAGCCGAGUCCGAAGAAGCGAGAACUGAGACCCGCGAAGAACGGAGCCGCGGGCGAGGCAGCGACUGGCCAAGAGGCCCUCGAGGCAGGUGGGCCGGGAAGAGCCGGAGCCUCAGGAGCGAGAGAAGAAGGGGAUGCAGAUAUGACUGAGAGAGAGGACGCAGCGGAAGUGGCGAAUUCUGCGGAAAACGACAUCCUCGAAGCCUCCAGAUAUCCCGCAGGAGGGACUGACGAAGAUCGCGCGUGCUACUGGCUGUCUGUAUGUGAGGUGGAAACUCGCAGAUGUCUGUUGAAGGCGCUGUUGAAGGACUUCUACGUCAUGACUAUGCGGCAGGGCCUCCAUACCGCCGCUCUGGGAAACGCGCGACAACCUCCCGCGUUUCUCGACCUCUUUACGGAGACGUCGCAACUCACAGCCCUCUGCAAAGACAUCAUUCUUCUGCCUCAGUGGUUCGGCCUCGGCUGCGUAUCCUCUCUGCUGACCUCGCUAUCGGAGGUGAUCUCAGAUGACCCCCUCUGUCUCUCUUCCCUCUCUUCGCUGGGACUUGUGCCUCUUCUCCUCUCUUCCUUGACGGAAGCUCACCUGCGAAACGACCAAGUGCUCGGUUCCAUCGGCCCUUUCCUCUCCUCCCUUGUUCUCCACCCCACUGGCGUCCAGCUCCUCCAGCGUGCAAGACCCUGCGGCCUACACCUCAGCUCGAACGCUCCCUCGCCUCUUCCUCUCCCUGCUCCUCUUCCCUCUUCUCUCCCUUCUCCUCUUCCCUCUUCUCCUUCUUCUUCGCUUUCUCUUUCUCUUGCCAAUAAUUCGGUGCCGUCUUGUGCCGCGGCCUCUGUGCCUUCAAACGCGUCUGUCUCCACCGUCGGCGGGGUGGUCCUCGCGGGCCAGGCUCUGGAGGUCCAGCGCGCGGCGAAGGCACUCGAGAAACAAGUAGCGAAUGCCGGGAACCGGAAUGCCGCCGACGCCGACCCUGCGGACCAGACGUGGAGUGUAUCUACACUCCUUAUGCGCGCCACCGCCGCCCCGCAAGCUGUCCUUCUUGACCGGUUUGGAGAAAGCGCUGCGGGGCUCGGAAGCUCGCUCGACGAGGUCCUUCGCAGCGUGGCUUCGGCAGUGUCUUCUUCAUCGGCCGCGUCUGACACAUGCACGUCCUUCGUGGAGCAUCUGCUUGUUCUUCUCCGUCAUCUGGAGAGACACGAACGGCGUCUCCCCCUCUGGCAGCCCGUCCCCCCCGAGGAGGGCGAGCGGCGACUCGAAGCGUCCAAGCAUUUGCGGCCUCUCCUCUUGGCAGACCUCGCGCUGCCUCCUGCGCCGCCUUCCUUGUGGCUGGCGGAUCGCCUGGCGAAUGUAGGCAAGUUGUUGGGGACGUUUCUUCAGAAUUCGGAGACACUUCGUUGUUUCAUCGCGAAGGGCGGCGUGUCUCUGUUGCUCUCGCUCUGUUCUUCUCCGUCUCUGCCGCCGGCGUUUCUCCACCUCUAUCCGCAGCACCCCCUAGUGGUGACGCUGCGCUAUGUGGCAUCGGCCUCCUUCUCGCUUCCUCACCUUCUUCUCCAGCUUCUUCUUCUCUCUCGGGCGACGAAAAGCACGGAGAAACUCGGCGACCUCGCGGAGACAUGGACGCUCGACCGGUGGCCCGCAUCGGGGGGCGUCCCUCCGGCUUUGAUGUUCAGGACGAGACAUCGAGAGGCCGACAAGUGCCUUUCUCUCGCAGACAAGAAGGCCCUGAUUGCCGCAGUCGACGCGUGCUCGAGUGCACUCCAGGUAGCGGCGAUGCUUGGCCGCGAGCUGGGUCAGGCGUACAGUGUGGGUCUGACGACGCGCUUCGCUUCUAACCACCAGUUGUUUCUUCUGCAGCACUUGGGGCUUCUUCUUCUCCAGCUGCAGAGAGUCACGCCGUUUGCGCUCCGGCUCCUCUACGCGACUUCGCCACCGCUCGCCGACGCCGAGGGGACGCCGUCUCUCCUCAGCAGUCGCCACAACGCCCACGAGCACCCUGCGGUUCGCGCGAGCAAAAGCCUCGCGCAAAGCAACAAGCUUUCUCAGGCAGUCACCAGCGACUCGCUUAUCCUCUCCAGCAACGACAUGCUGUGGAGCAGCCUCGUCGAGUAUGCUUACAGUGUCCCCCCCGACGGCGCAGCAGCCGAAGGCGGCGUGGAAGGGGAAGGCGAAAGACGGCUCGCAGAGGCACGUGUGGGAGGCCCGGACGCGGAGGCCGAGGGCCUGGAGACCCAGGGGAGACAACUUGCCGAAGCGGCGAAGAGAGGAGAAAGGAGAGAGAACCGAGGGGAACGGACUGUGGAUAUGGAGGAGGCGAGACAGGAGGAAAGAGGGGAGGGAAAGGCGAGGGAAGAUGGACACCCGAGGAUAUCGAGGGCGGCGGCGGAGUCCCCAAUCGUGCUUGCCGAAACGCUCAGGGGCAUGCUCCAAACGGUCCGAGCCAUUGUCGUCAACGCAAGCCGCAUGUUGAAUACGAACGCGAUUCGAAGCAAAGGGGGGACGCCGCAGCAGCAGCAGACCCACCUGCAAGUGGCUCUGCUCCAUUGCCUCUCCAUCGGGCUCCAGUGCCGGGAUCUCCUCCGGCCUGUCCCCUCAGCGCCGCUGCCCACGCGUCUCCUCUGUCCAUUCGAGCCGGAGACAGAGUCGGAAAGUGAGGCCUCGACUGCAGAAGGCGAGGAGGAAGGCCGAGAGAGAGAGAAGGAGGCCUGCGGUCGCCCGCGGCGAAGAGCGAGGACGCAGAGAAAGGAGGGGGGGCCGAGUGAGACGGAACAGCCUGAGACAGGAAACGCAAGUCCAGAAGUUGUGAUAGAUGGUCUAGGCGUCAUCAGCACUCUCGCUUACAUCUGCGACGUCCUCGACUGGCUCUACAAACUCCAUGUCGAUGAAAAGAACCGAGGCCUUCUGCUCACGAUGACCUUUGACGCCUUCCACAAGGUUGGAGGCGUCACGGAACUGAUGCGCGUGGUGGACUACGCUUUUGCCGUCAACCUGACAGUGCACUGCUUCUUCGCGCAACGCGCCUUUGCGGGUGUCUGCGGGGCCGAGGCUGAGGGGCGAGAGACGCCGGAGAAACAGGCCUCGCCGCUGAGUUUGGAGGCGUUGCUGCCGCUCUUUCUCUUCGAGGAGACGAGGAGACGCCGGGGGUCCGCAAGCGUCGAUGAUGACAGCGAGGUCUCUCUCCUAGCGUGCUUGGGGAAAUCUGCGGCAGACGAAGAAGACACGAAGGGAGAGAAGAGGGGCAACGCCGAGGAGGGACAGGCGAAGGACUCAGAAGAGGACGCGGAGAAAAGGCGAGAAGCGUUUCUAUGCUGGAUGCGGGAGCUAAUGAAGCAAUUCGAAGCUCUCUCAGAUAAAGACAUGAAAACCGUCAGAGACCUCGCCAGCAAAUGCCUCCAGUGCGCCCUCGCCUACUGCGACAAAGCCACUUCCUGGAAACGCUGCCUGAAUUCCCCAGUCUCGCAGUUUCUGCAGGGCAACUUGGAGCGCCCCUCGUACUUCCAACGCAUGCAAGAGUCGCAAGGCUCCAGAAGUUCGGAUUCGAGCUCGGCGCCCACUUCCUCCUCGGGGGCUUCCAGCGGGGCCUCUGCGGCUCUGGAGGCCAGAGAGACCAAACCGGAGAAAGGAGAGACACAGGCGAGCCGUUCUUGUGGAGACGAAGGAGCCGCCUCGGCGCGGGCGACUUCGGCCCCGACUGGCGAGUCGCCUCGACCUUCUCUCCGUUUCUCCUACACGCCCGAGGGCAUUUAUCAGGCCUAUCUGCGCCUCCAAGAGAACGGCGAAAACGGCGCCCAGGCCCCCGAGGCCCCUGUGAGGCUCCUGCCCCACAACGACUUCAGAACCUGCGAUGUUGUAGGUCUCCUUCGCUCUGUUCAGUGCGAGGCGGCUGCACAUGUCCUCGUUUGGUGGUCCCUCGCCGCGAAGUGUGGGGCGUCUCUGCGUCUCCCCGACGACGCCGCGAUGCUCGCUGUCUCGACGGGCGCACUGGGCGCGAAAGGCCCUGCCGCCCAUGCGGCGCGGCGCCUGCAUGCGCAGCAACAGGUCGCCGAGGCGUUCGUCGCGGCCAGCCGACAUAAAGGAGACAGAGGGGACCGAAAAGCUCGGAGAGCGAGCGAGGAGGACGACGUGGAGAAAUACGUAUCUGAGAGAGAUUGGCUUUUGGGGCCGCUGCUCGCGCCCUUCUUGCAGCGUGUCACCGGAUUUGCCCACAAAGUCACUUACCAUCUCUUCGACACAAUGACGCCCCAGCGGCGAGCGUGGAUUCACAGUGUGUUCAUGGACUUGCCGCCGCCGUCCCGGACGGGCCCCGCGAGCUCUACAGGGACCUCGGGGCGCGCGAGCGGGGGUGCCGCGGGCCGCGGGUCUUUGCAUGCGCGCCGGGCGGCCGUGCUGAGGGCGGCGAUGGUGGAGCAGCUCACUGAAAUGGGUUUCGGCGAGAGUUCAGCGCAGCGUGCAGUCGACGCGACGAACGGCCGCAGCAUCGAGCUCGCGAUGGAGUGGCUCUUCGAGCGACAACGGGAAGAAGAAGCAGCGGCCUCCACCGCUCCGUCUGCUUCUGCGGGUGCUGCCGCGAAUGCGAGCUCCGAAUCGACUGGAGAGAGCGCAGACGGCGCUCGCGGCAGUGCUUCCGGGGAGCCUCCCACGGCGGACAGCUUCGAGGCGUCUGGCCGUGGAGACGCGGCCCCGGCAGAUGGAACUCAACGAACCGGUGCGUCGGGCGCGGAGAGUGGCUCGACGACGUCUGCGGGGACGGUGCUGGCGUCGGGGACGGAGGCAGAGAGUCGGAGUGAAGGCCAUUCGCAGACGAACAGCGCAACUGGCUCAGGCUCAGCAGACGGAGAGGCGCCAGCUGCAGCGCUCGCCUCGGCUUUGACCGCAGAGACUGGCAGAGAUACCGGGGCCGCGGUGCGUGCCCGGGACUCCAGGGCGGAGACGCGACUGCCGUCGGGCACUCAGCCGGCGUCUUUGGGGUCGCCUCUCGCCUCGUCACGGGCCGCGGCAGUCGCGGCGGCCUCCGCCUUGAUGGGCGAGGUGGGACCGUCUUUUGACUACUUCGGUGCCUUUCUUCUCCCGAGCUUCAGCGCAGACGAGAGCGUCUCGAGCAGCGCGUCGGAGCUUGCGAAUGUCACGCGGGCCCUCGUGGCCGCCAUCACUGGAGGCCCAGGGGCAUCGGGCGCGAACGGUUUCGGGCGCGGCCUCUCCUCGGCCUUUUACGGCUUGGGCUCGCGAGGUCGGAGCUCCGGGGGGGGCGACCGAGGGACAGGCCAAGCGACUGAGGCCCUGUUCUUCGUGGCUGCGUCCGCCUCGCUCGCGGGCCGCCUCGACCUCGACGAGGCAUGGGCCGGCGGCAGCCGCGAGAGGCUGCUUGCCGAGGAGACAGGGGGAGAAGGGACAGGCGUCUCUGCAGGCGACGCUGCGGGAGCCGCAGAAGAGCCGAGAAAAGAAGAUUCGACGAGGAAAACUGGCAGCCGCACGGCCGUGUGGGAGGGCCCGAUAUCGGCGCACAUCAGCGACCAGAGGGCUCUGGAAUUCUCGGAGAAAAUCCGGAGACAGAUUGUGCCGCAGCUCUUGAACCUCGUCUGCGUUUUGCCCCAGAGCGCGGCUUCGCUAUGUGAGGCCCUGAUGAAGCUUCUUGGCGCCCCAGUCGAUCUGUCAGUGGACCCGAAGCGUGGACGCCCAGAGAGCGGAGUCGACGCGGGAGAAAAGAGACAGGAAGACGACCCCAAGCGAAGAGACAGCAAGGAGGCAGGCCCCGGAGAGUCCGGCCCAGAGCCCGACACGGCACAGGCCGCUGCGGUGGAUACUCAAGAAGGAAAAGCCGAGGAAAAGCCGCCGCAGCAGGAAGGCUCCGCCUCGAACAUUUCGAAGGGUGCAGGAGAGAAGUCGGCGACAGGCGACGACUUGGAAGGCGCCCCGCUGUCUGCAGCGGCCCUCCUCCAGCAGAUGGGCGAGCGGAAUUUGUUUGUGACGAUGCGGCUUCUGACGACUCGGCUUCUCCACCUCCGGCAGCUCUGUCUCUGCGUGCCUGAGCUGGCGUUUCGUCUGCCUGCGUUGCCUGCGUUCUUUUGCGCGAACGCGAAGAUGUCCACGGCUCCGGACGCCGCGUCGGAGGACGUCUGCGAGCCAGGAACUGUCUCCAAGAUGUGGGGUUUCCGGGCGGGCCUUCUGGCCCUGCGGCUGCAGCAGCAGCUGUACGGAACCUGCUUGCUUCUCGCCCACCUUCUGCAUCGAAAGCGUCAUGCGAAGGGGAUGCUGCUGGCUGUCUGCCACGCAGCUGCUGCGCUGACGCGGCGGAGAACUCCUGCAGAUCGAGACGAGGCUCUCCCGGGGAAGAGAGGCCCCAAAGCCGGUCAGACGCCCGGGGCCAGAGCCCCAGCUGCAGGCCCAGCCGCGCCCCUUGCGAAGAAGAGCGAGCGCGGCGGCGGACCAGACCGGAGACUGCAUGCGCCGGAGAAAGGCCGGACAGGAGGCGCCGGGCGCGAAGCCUGGCUCGGCGUGACAGCCACACUCGCGCGCAACCACCCUGUAGGCAUUUUCUGGAAGCUGAUUGUCUCCACUCUCUCCGAAGAGGCCCUCCUGGCUUCCGCCCACCCCUUCUACUUGUCGGAGACGAAGGGAGUCUUCCUCAUUCCGCAGUUAUUCCGGGAGUCGCUUGGACCGUCGAGCGGCGGGGCCGCGCAUGCAGUUGCAGAGGCUGCUGCCCGAUCGGACGCGUCUUUCGCGAGAGAACCUGGAGUGAAACUCGAAGCAGGCGACGCGAAGACUCCCUCUGAGAGCCCGGAAGGACCCAAUCCUGUCUCGACGCCUGUUCUCCCGAUUGCCUCAUGGUGCUUGCUGGACCUCCCUGCCUCUCCGGCAGCCGCGUCCUCGUCUUCUGCCCCUCUAAUGACCGAUGCCAAAGUAGCUUCAAUUGUACCCUUCCCUUCAGGGCCUCAAAUUCAUCCGUGGUGUUGCCACUCCUCUUCAUGUUCUUCGUGUUCGUCAUCUCCAUCGUGUGCAGUUUCUUCGUCGCCUACAUGUUUAGCUGCGGCAGUGCCAGCGGCGUCGCGGCCUCCACCUUUCAUUCUUCCAGCUCUUUUGUGCAUCCAAGAGCUCUUGCCGCUCUACCUGCUUCAUGAGCGUCCAGCGACAUCUCCGGGGCUGUCUCCGCCCACGCAUGCACCGGGGGCGGAGACAGGCGGAGAGACGCAUCGCGGGGCUCGGUAUCGGGGAUCGUCGCGCUCUGCACCCGCCGGUCCUUCCGAGAAAGGCAAGGCGGGCCGGCAUGCUGCGGCCUCUUCGGACAGCCAGGGAGGCGCCAACGCGUCGACUUCGGGAUCCCAGAAUGCAGGGCCUCUCGCUUCAGCAGGAGGCACAGGCGCGAAGGAACGGGAGACACCUAGCGGACCCGAGGGCGAGGGGAGCAGUCUGACGAGCGGGAGCCCCGGACGCGUGCUGCCGAUUCAUGAGCAAAAGCAGAUGGUCGCCGGUUGCCUAGAUCUCCUCCACUUUUACCCAGGCAUCGACGGAGACACCACCCUUGCCGUCCUGCAGAUUCUGCACCACCUCACAGUCGUCCCCGCGAACGCGCUCCACCUUCUUUUGUACUCACCCAAGGGCAGUCUCCUGUCCCUGCCCUCCGACGUCUCCGGUGGAGACACCGGCACAGAUUCACGGCGAAGAUUCGAGGCCCUCAAGGGCGUUAAACACGAAGAAAGCAGAGAGGAUCCGGAAGACGCCGUCAUGGGCGAAGAAGGAAGUGGAGACACCAAGAGUGGGGCGCCUCUCACUGCUUCUUCGCUCGCAUCUGCCAGCCGCGCUUCGCGCACCGCUUUAGGCGCCAAGACUGGCUCCUGCAAGGUCCCGGCCCUUCCCUUCUUCUCUAUCUCCGCGACGCUCGCUCAUGCAACGUCCUCGGUGGAGAUGCAAGCGGCGCUGCUGCCGCCUCCAGCGAAAUUGGAGGCUUCUGGGACUGAAAGGCCUGUCGAGAUGCGCAGAGAAGACGCGCCCAGAGGCCCCAGCGGAGAGCGCGGCGGGAACUUGGGGGGCGGUCUUGGGCUCCUGCUGAGUAUGCCCAGGACGGCCGGGUGCAACGGCAUGCUGACGCUCAUCCAGCAAAUUGUGUCGCAUGCGUGCGAAGAACAAUCGGUGCUCGCGGCCUUCAUCGAAAACGAAAUCCGCUAUCUCUUUAAACGCGCACAACUCGCCAGCAGGACCUUGUACAGACGAGUCCAUGGAGCCCCGCCACCGUCGGCGGAGGAGGAGGAGAAUUUGCGGCCGCUGGUGCCGGCGGAGGCGAUUCUGGAGACGCUGCAUCCCUUCGUGCAGCGGACGCCUGUGCUCGUGGAGCAGAUUCUUCGCGGGUGUUGUCAGUUUUGCUCCACUGCCUGUGCGUCUCGAGAACAGGGCGGGGAGCAGACAGAGCCGUCAGAAGAAGGCCUUCCAGGAGCUUCAAGCAAGCCCCCGGUGGAGGACAGUCGACCUGAGACACAGGCGGCCGGAGGCUCGGCCAGCCACGGGUCGAGAAACGAGGAAAAGAGAAGUCCCCCGUCGGCUUCUGUGACACCAGGGCCUGAGGGCGAGCGCGGCAGGACGCCUGAAGCGAUGAAGACAACAGAGGAACAGGCCGCUUCGGCGUCGGUGAGGAGCGAGGAGAGAAAGACAGGUGAUGUCGACGUCCACAUGGAGAGCGAGGAGGGCGAGACAUGUGCAAAGGAAGGUGCAGGUUCGAAGAAAAUCGGAAGUGGAGAAGAAGGGCCGCCAAGCGACGAGGGAAGGGAGAAGACAGCAGAAAAGGAGGAAGCCGAGAAGGUGUCGCCUCCUGCACCGCCGCCUGAGGCGAUUCCGUGCGGCAUCUACGUCGGCCACAAAAAGGGAUUUGUUUUCCGGCGAGGCAUCCAGGGUGUGGGGUACUAUCCAGAAGCUGAGGGCGAGAAACACACGGACGGAGGGGAGAGGAGUGAGCCUGUGGUGCUGCUCCGGUGGCUGGAGGACCACGAACGCGCCCAGACGCUUCCGCAUCAAAAGAAAGUGAAACGCCUUCUUCUCCAAGCUCGCAAGAGCCCGAACGUUGCGGCCCUGCUCAUGGGGGUCCUGACCGACUACUCGGUUCUGUUCCUGAACGUCGAGGCGAUGACUCGUCUCGCCUCCGCGCCUUUACAGCAGCAGCCGGAGCAGGGCGAGGCGAAGGCCUCCGAGCUCGGAGACAAGAAACCGCUUGACGGGGACGGAUCAAGAGACUCGACAGCUGGGCCAGGAGGGGAGAAACCUUGCGAGAAACGGAAGGGAGAACAGGAAGAAGGCGUAUCGAGGGCAUGGCGAAACCUCGACUCUGUUCUCCACCCGCCUGGAGUUUCUCUCAAAGGUGACACGGAAGGCUGGGCGUCGAAUGUCAGGCCCAUGUAUCCUUUUGCUCUGACGGCGGACUCACUGUUCUACAUCAUGAUUCAACUGAUCAGCUCGUACCCUUCUGUCUUGCCUCUGCUCUGCAAGCCAAUGCCCCUCCUGUCGGCCCCCACCCCCGCGACCGCGUCUGCGUGCGCCUUCGAAGUCCUCCAGGAGGGCCGCGCUGGGCGCGAGCGUGACGACGGUGCCGCUGUACCGACUCGAGGCGAGGACAAGGAAGGCAUUGAAGGUUCCUCAGAAGAGAAAUGCAAGCCUGCAGGAGCCUUCUCCAUCCCGAAACCGCUGCCCCUCCACAAGCUUCGUGGCGGCUCUGGCCACCAAGCAGGGACUCUGGAUUCAGCUGCCUCUGUGACGAACGCUGACCUGUCAGGCCCUGGACGAGUGGAUGGCAUGCAUGCGCCAGCUUCAGGCGGAGGUAGCGCAGCUCCCGGAACUCCCAGCGCGGAGAUGAUUCGGCUGUAUCUACCCCAGCCGCCUCCUUGGGUUUUCACGAGUUCCUUGCCUUCUCUGGUGGGGGAGGCGGCCGCCACACCCAGUGGCUUCGACCUCAGUCGCAUCCUCCACUCGCAUCACGGCCAGGUCCCUGGGGGCGCAGGCGAGCGCCGAAGCAGCGGCUUGGCUCGAGGCGAGAAGAAGGCGGAGGAGGGACCGCCUGCGCAGGCAACUGCCGGGAGUCUGACGGCGCGUUCCGGAGGCGAGGAAGAGAAGGAAACGGACUUUGCCUCCUUCUCGGCCGAGCCAUCGGAUGCGUCUGUCUCGUGUGGGGCGGCUCCUGUGGCCCAGGUCGGGGCCUGCGCCCCAAAGGGUCUCUGCUCUUCCUCGGCUCCCGUGCGCCCCCUGCUGGACUACUUGCUGCGGGAUGUGCUUUCUCGCUUGUUGACCCUCACGCUGCCACCCUUUGCAUGCACAGACAAGACCUACGCAGCUGCGCUCGAGCUGCAGCGCGAAAAGAAGCUCUCGGUGUCUUCUCUCUCGCUCGGGAGCAGCCCGGCGCUGGUGUCGCUCAAUCACUUCCUCCAGCUUCUCGGAGCGAUGGCUUGCUGCAGCUUGGACAUCCGGAAAGUACUUUUCCAGCAAGUGAGUGGCGCGCUCGCGUCUCUCGCUCGGGGUGUCUCCUUCGCAUCGAAUCCGGCGCUUCUGUCCAGGACGGGUCGAGAAAGACGCGAGAGCUCAGGCGACGUCUUCGACAUCGACCAAGAGGUCUUGAGGUCCCAGCAGAGAGAGCACAUCCAGCUCCUGGCGGCUGAGGAGCAGCGCGGCGCAGAAGGAACCGACUGCUACGCCCUCGCCGCCGCUGUCGCCUCUGCGGCCGCCACCGGCAACAACGCCCGGGGGUUCGGACUCAAGGACGCGCGAAGGGGCGCUUCGGCGCAUGCAGCACAUGCUGUGCAUGGAAGCCACCUGGGAAAGGCCGCGGCGGCUGGUCAUCUUCCCGGAGGUCCUGGAGCCCUCGCUGCGUCGGCGUCGAGCGUGCUCGGGGCCGUGGCUGGAUCGACGCGGGGCGGCGAGAAGGAAAGUCGCGAGGCCAGCGCCUCGAGUGUGGUUUUGCUGCAGUAUCGUCUGCCUGCGGACUUGCAGAUCACGGCGUUCUACACGUUGUCUUCGCUUCUCUACCGCCUCUUCACGCUUCCGAAAGAGCUCCCCCCGAACCCCCUUCUUCUUCCUUUGUCCUCUACUGCGCCGCCUACACAGAACGAAGCCAACCCCGAGGGGAACUCGAGCAGCGGGAUCCCCCGCGGCUGUGGAGUCAGCGGACCUCUGCCCUUCUCCGGUCGCGGAGGCCGCAAAGAUGACGACGAGGCAGACAGCGGAAAUUCUUCGAGCGGCGGGCCUUCUGGAGGGCGCAGCGGGGCCGGCGCGUCUUCGACGUCUUCCGGCACGGGGCGCGAAGGCCGAGCUUCCGGUGCGUCGAUCGCCGUGCGUGGAAGGGUCGCGAGUCUUGCGGAGAAUGGAGAGACAGUGGGUGGAGAACAGGAACCGCGAGACGAAGCGGCUGUCGCCGCUCGAGUGUCUGAUUCGGGGCUGCCGCCGACCACAUGGCUGGCCGCAAGCAGGAACCAGGCUUCGUCGGCGCGCCAGCAGGGUGGAAGCGGAAGGCCUGCGUCUGGCUCGCGAGGCACGACGAAUGAGAGUCGCUCUUCGGCCGCGAGAAGCUCCGGGGCGAGUGCCUCGGGAGAGGGCGAGGGAGACCCGCCAAAAGGCCCGAGCGCGGGGAAUCUGUUCUCUGGAGGCGACUGCAAAAACGACGCUUCGGGGCAGGGGAGCUCUGCGCCGCGGCCGGGGCCAACAGCCCCGGGGCCGUCGUUGAAGAGUCAGUACGGCCUGUCUCUGGACGAUUUGCAGCGGCUGCGAGACUCACUUUCGCUCUUUCUUUUCCAGCUCCCUCUGCACAGUGAAGACGCGUUUGUCUCCGUCACGAUCGCCGUGCGGUGUCUCACUUUCCUGACCUCUCCAGAGCUCCUGGGCUUGCCUGCGGUUUCCCGAGACGCGAGCAAAGACCGACUCCGGGGCAGGGGAGCUGAGGGCCGCGGAAAAUCCAGAGGCACUCGCGGAGGCGCAGAGGAAGAAGACGAGGAGGCGCGGCGCAGACGCGAGAGGGCGCGGCGCGUUCGGCGAGCGAGCGAAAUGGAGGACGACGAAGAAGACGAGGAGGAAGAGGGAGAAGACGACGAGGGAGAUGGCGAGGAAGACGACGAAGAAGAUGAAGACGAUGAAGACGAAGAGGACGACAUCGAACAGGACGAGGACGAAGACGACUGGGACAUUGAGGAGGAGCCGGAAGACGAAGACGGCGAGGUGGCGCUGCAGUGCGAGUUGUUUGAUUUGGAGGAUGACGAGGAUGAAGACGACGAAGACGACGAGAUGGGAGGAGAAGACGAUGACGAGGCUGUGGGGUUGACAGACGAAGAAGACGUCGAUGCGGACUCCGCAGAUAGCGAAGACGAAGCUCCCGCGGCGGCGGGCGCGGGCCUGACAAGCACGCGGGAGUUGCCACACGAAGUCGAGGAAGAAGAAGAACUUCUGCGCGAGACGGGAGAAGUGGAGGAGGAAGAAGACGAAGAAGAAGACGAGGAAGACGACGAAGACGACGACGCGCCGCGCAUUCGGGAGCGGGGCGACUUGGACUACGAGGAACUCCUAGACGAAGAAGAUGAAGACGACGAACUGCAGCCUCAUGAAGAAGAAGCCCUGAUGGAGGAUGACGUUUCAGACAUUGUGUCCUCGCUCACUGGUCGCAGAAGGCGAGACACAGGCGACGGCGACUCUUCUCCGGACGCAAGCAGCGACGAAGACCACGAGGACCUGGGAGACGGCCAGGACGGCGACGGCCCAGACAGCGCGUCCGAGGCGCCCGACCAGGAAGAUGAGAUUUCCUCGGCAAGUCCGCUGGAAGGCGCAGCGACUGGGCACGGAGCUUCUUCGUCUGAGACGAGCGGGUCUUCUGCGCCGGCGGAGGGAGCCGCAGAGGAGGACUCGGGAGGCGGCCAGGGCGAGACUUCUCGAAGUCGCCUUCGCUUCCUCAACGCCACGACUGAAGACGGAGAGACGGGGCUCGCCAGUGCCUUUGCGUCUGUCUCUGGGGCCUCGUCGGAGACUCGGGGGCGCCUGCCGGGCGGCAGCGCGCGCCGACCCUCGUCGAGCUUACCGGGCUUCUCUCCGGAUGACAUGGAUGACGAUGACGACGAUGAUGACCUCGACGACGACGAGGAAGACGACGAUGACGCGGAUGACCUUCGUUUCCAUUUCCACCUUUCGGCAGACGCCCACAGAGAACUCGUCUCGGCGGUUCGAGGCGUCGUUUCUGGAGGCCGCCGCCAGGGCGCGGCCCGCGACGGCUUCGACGACGAGUUCUCCGUGGACGUCCACCUGGGCCCGCAGCGCACGGGUGCGUCCCUGGGACGCGUCUCCAGCGGGGCAGGCGGCGCAGUUCGCGGGCGAGAUGCAGGGGCUCGAGGCCUGGUCGGCGCGGCCUCCAACUUCUUUCGGACGCCCGGCGGAGACAGUGCGGGCCUCGGGAACGGGGGAGCGCAUUUCUUCAUCGGGCGAGGGAGCGGCUUCGGCGCGCAGGGCGCUGGCUCCACACGGUCCCCUUUCUUGGCCUCACCGCAGGCGUCGGGGUUCGCCCCCUUCUUGGGCGGGAACUCCGCCGGAGGCUCCGUGUUUUCGCUUUUCGCCGGCCCCGGCUUGGGCUCCAUCCUCGACGUGGCGCUCGGCGCUGGCGCUGGCGCCCAAGGGACGGGCGCGGCCCACCCGACGCUGGCGGCACUGACUGGCCAGACGGGCUACCAGCAGACGUGGACGAGCUGGGAUGUCUCGGCGAUUCCAUCCGAGCAUCCUCUGUUUUCCUCUUCUCUCUGUCGCGCGAGCCACAGCAACGGGGCCUCGACUCCGGCGUCGCCGCUCCAAGGCACCUCUGCGUCGGCAAGCGGGGCCGGUCCAGAGCGGGGCGCGGGGUCUGGAGGUUUUGGAGCCCGUGCCAGCGGCGGAAGGCCCAGCGGGUCUGGGCGCGACGGGCGCAUCAACGAGCGGUUCCUCAUUCAGCACUUGCUCGAGGAUUUGUCUCAAGCUUUCGGAUCGGAGAUUUUGAGGACGCCCCCCAGCGGAGGCGCCCCAACCGCGCGUCGCUUGACUUCGUCUUCGCAGAAUCUGGAGUCACCUCGCCACCAGGCCGGCGCCGCAGGUGCAGAGAGCCACCCGUCACGGGAGGCGAGGCACGAAUACGAGGGCCGCGACGACGGCGCCGGCUUCGAGGCCCUGUACGGGAACAUGAACUUCUUCGAAGAAGUUGAACAUGCACAUCAACAGCGCCUCGCGGCCGCCGCGGUUCUCUCGCGUCUCGCCGUAACGGGGACAGGCAGCGGGGCCUUUCUCAGCCUCGACGACGUACCCUUCCCUGUGGCCGCACCUACGCAGCCCGAAGAGCCGGACUCACGCGAAGCUGGCGAGAGAGAAGAGAUGGAAGCCGCGGCGCUGGAAGCAGAUCAAGCAGAAGAAGGUGAGGAAGCGAGCACAGGUGAAGAGCGACCAGGUGAAGAGCGCCCAGGUGAAGAGCGCCAGAGAACAGACACAACAACCGGGGCGGAGGGCGAACCGAGUUCAGAGGAGGCGCGGAGAGCUCAGAUUUCUGUGGCUUCCACUCCACAUUCUGACAGACCAGAGGGAACGGCACUUCGCGAAGGAACCGUGGACGCCGGCGUUUUGCCGGGUGCCUCGGUGGAGCCUGCGGCAUCAGCUCAAAGAGAAGAAAUGGAGGUCGAUAUGGAGGCCGCGCCUGCGCCGACGCCUCAGGCUCCCCAGAGGGAGACUGUGGAAGAGAGGUCUCCGGAGACAGAACCGAGAGACGCGGGCCAGGCAGCUGAAGAAAGCGGCGACACGCAUCUUCAGGGGGCCAUUCAGGCGUCUGUGGAGACAGACGAAAUGCCGUCAACUUCACAAGACACCGCAAACGCGAACGAACAACCUCCCACGAGUGAUUCUACUUCCUCUUCUUCUCCAUCCUCUGCUUCUUCCUCUUCUUCUUCAUCCUCUGCUUCUUCCUCUUCUUCUUCGUCCUCUUCUUCGUCCCCAGAGGAAGGGGGUGGUCCUUUGGCUCCGUUGGCCCGGGCGUUGGGGUUGACGGAGGCGCAGUUGUUUGACGCGGCUGGAAUGGAUCCGUCGUUUCUCGAGGCACUGCCGGAGGACCUGAGAGAGGAGAUUGUUGUGCAGCAGCUGCGGCAGUUGACAAUUCAAGCUGUCGAGCAGCGUCGGUCGGAGAAUGAGAGUUUGUGCUCUGCGCCUCCAAGUUCCGCGGGCGAAGAAGCCCCCAGGGCGACUGAGGCAGAAUCGGCAGCCGCGACGCAUGCGGCGACUGAGGCGGUCGUAGGCGGGCAGCCAGCGGAGGCGUCUGGACCCCAACCGACGUCUUCUUCUCGACGUCCAGGCGGCGCGCCACCGCUGAGCGAGAUUCGUCGGGAGUAUCUGAGUGCCUUGCCUUCGGCACUGCGGCAGCAGGUGAUUGCGGCAUGUCGCGCGAACGAAGAAACGUCAGGAGACAGUGGAGCCCAGCAGAGAGCGUCGACGUCUCAGGAGCAUAGCGACGCGGGAACAGACCUUGACAACGCGACCUUCCUCGCGACUCUGGACCCCGCCCUCCGACAGGAGGUUCUCCUGACCGCGGGCAGCGACUUUCUGCGGACGUUGCCGACAGAAAUCAUGGCUGAGGCUUCGCUGUUGAGAGAGCGCGUCCUCCAGCGGUCCCAGCACGCCCGCAGCGCGCGCGACCGAGGCGCCGCCGCGCAGGGCGGCCGGGGCGACGGAGAUAGGGCCCGCGGGAACGCCUCGGCGCAUGGCCGCGGGGACCGAGACCGUGCCGGCCUCCAGCACUUCCUAGGCUUCAUUCGCGGGAACAACGGGGGAGCCGGAGGCGCGGCCACUGCAGGGACCUCGAGCCAGACGGGGGCUUCUUCUCGCAGCAGAAGUUCGACUGGGGCGGGAGCUUCGCAGGCUCGAGGUGGGCAGGGCGCCGGGAGCGGCGGCGGUGCGCAAGCCCCGAUUUUUUCGUUCGGAACUCGAGUGGGCUUCGAGGGAACCGACAACUUGCUGGGCGAACGCGGAAACGGCGACUUGUACCUGGCGGGGCUGUUCGACUUCCUCGACUCGCAGAUCCUUCAGGGCGGGACUUUGGAGGAGAGCGGGAGAGCCGGCCUCGGCCGCCUUCAGAGCCGAGGCUCCGCGCCCCUGUUCGGCGUCCAAAGCUUCCCCUCACCGUCCGCGGAGGACGGCUUGGGCGCCGGAGGCGCAGGAGGCCGGGGCCGGUCGAUGGACCGCGACGGCGCGGGCUUCUUGGGGACGCGAGGGGGUGUGCGCGGCGCCGGGCCGCCCGAAGCUCGGAAUUUGUCUCUUGGUGCAGGGAAUCCGCUCCUUCAGGAGUCCGCGGUGUUGUCGGGAACUCCAGCGAGCCCUGCAGGCGCUGCCGACCCACUCUCGCUUUUGCGGGGGUCACAUGCGCCGGUGCAACGCGCCUUUCAAGGCGCCGACCGAACCCCAGGCCUCUCUUCGAACUCCGCCCUCGAGCGCUUCCUCCAGGGCACAUGGGCGGCCAUCGCCGCGGCAGCCUCCAACUCAAAUUCAUUUGGAGGUGUGACGAUUUCAGGCAUUCCGUCCUCUCGCAGUGCGCUGAUUGUCAAUCCGAACUCGGGGACCUACCCCCUCCUCGUUGGAGCGGGUCUCGCGGCGCCCGGGAGCGCGGGCGCCCCGAGCCAGGGGAGCGGGGCCGGCGCCCAGCUGGGGUCCUCGUCGGGCUUCUUCGGCGGUUCCGUCCCCGGCGGCGCAGGCACCCAAGUGAAUGUGCUGUUGACAGGGGGCCUUCUGGGCCAGGGAGGGGGAAAUCUCCUUUCGCUGCUGUCGUCUUCGAUACGCGGCGCAGGCGCGCGCCCGGCGAUGGUUGCGGGCGGCCGAGACAUGCUUGGGAACGGACUGAGCUUCUCAGGGACCUCUGGUGGAGGCCUCUCGGGAACUGUGGUGACUAGACCCGACGGAGUUGUCGAUGGCCUCUCAGCUCUGAACGAGUGGCUGCUGCUGUCUCCGUCCGUGAAUGCCGCGGGGCAUCCUUCGUCGUUCGCGGGCGCCUCAGGGCUCCAGACCGACGGCGGCUUCCGUGGAGGAGCAACAAGCCGCCGCGGGAGCGACGGCGGCUACGAGGUCGUCGCGAGAAGUCCUGCGGGAUUCUACUUGCACGGAGGCAGCCCGUUGCGAGGACCCCGCCCGCCGUUCCAUCCUUUGGGCGUUCUCGGCAUCUGCAGACUCUUCUACCUCCGAAAAGAAAUCAACAGAAAGCUCUUCUUCACUCUCCUUUGCAACGUGGCGUCUGCCCACCAAGACGCCUGGCACCUCCUUGUUCUCCUUUUCCUAGUCAUAUGCUGGUCCGCUGCUCCUGACUGCCACCAACCGGAGUCUUCCUCCGCGCGCUCGAGUGCUUCUUCGCCCCCGCUGUCUUCAGUGGGUUUCCCACCGUCCGCCUUGUACGGCGCGUUAUUUGAGGGGGCAUCUUCGAACGCCGUGGCGCUCUUUGAGAGGCCAUCAGCGGCGGCGGUGGCGACGGAGCGCGUUCUCGAACAACUGCGGAGUCUCCUGACUGUUUUGCCUUCCGCCUCGGCGGCUUUUGCGCACCGCAUGCGCCACCCUCAGGCGGUGUCCCUGCGGGAUGUCGCCUAUCCUUCGUCACUCUCGGCUAUCUCUUCCCUCUUUGGGAAGAAGGACGAGAAGGCGCCGCGCGUGGCGAGCGCGCCGCACGAUUUCGGACCCGGCAGGGACGAGCCGAAGAAAGGCGAGGACAAGAAGCGAGAGAUCCAGGGCAAGGGAGGUGCAGGCCGCAGCCGAGGGCGUCAGGGCGAAGACGACCGGAAACCAUUGGAGGAGCCUGAGAAAAGCGGCGGAAAGAAGGACGGCGCGAACCUGGCGAAGAAGGAGAAGGGAUCGAGAGACCGCGGCGCGGCAGCCGAGCGCGGAGACGGUGAAGAGAGGGGAGAGGCGACGCACGGAAGUGACGCGACGGAAGAGAGCGCCUGUGCGGCGAAACCUCGCGCAUGUAUCGAAAGGAAAGAGGAAGCCGCCGCGCAAAACGGAUACAUCGCCGCAGAGAAGGGACGCGAGUCUGAACUCUUCGCUUCGGCCUGGCGCAGGCGAACAGGUGGAGGAACGGAGGAAGACGGGCGGUCGCGAGGCAGAGAAGAGAGAGCUGCGACGCUUGGAGGCCGCGGCGCGUGCGACGACGAAGACGCGCUCGGUGGGUCGAGGAGGUCGGGAAGCGGAGACGGAGAAGACCUCGUCCACGAACUGAGGAGAAAGAAGAAGCGACGAGAGUGGAACGGCGCGGCCCUGAGUUUCGGCAUCGGAUCGUCGCCCAGCGCCUCGGCUCUCUCUCCGGUCGGUGUGCAACCGGGGGGAGGCGAGAAGGAAGGUGGGGAAAAGGAGACAGGACGAGCGGGGACAGCUGUCUCCACUGACGGCCAAUGUCUCCCUGAGGGCGUAGGAGUCAAGAAGGAACCCGAAGGCGGUGCGCUCGCGCCGCGAGCCUCCUUUGGAGAUCCUGCGGCUUCCUCGUCUCGCGUGAUUCCAGGCACGAAUGAGAGGGCGUCGCAGAUGAGAGAGCGGAGAGAAGAAGAAAAGGAAGGGAAGAGUGCCGUUUCAGCGGGACGAAUGGUACCGCACGAGAAGUCGGGAGGCAGCUCAGGAUCUCCUCCUGGAAAGGAUGACGAGAAAAAGAUCGUAUUCGGAGAGGGCAUCAAGGAGGCGACACUCGAGUACCCCAUCAAUGUCCUCAUGACGCUGACAAGCGGGACUCUGUUCCAGUCUUCUCCGCGACUCAUGAAUCACCUGCUGUCGGCUGUCUACUUCCUCCUCGUGGGUGGAGACGGAGCUGGAUCCCGCGAAGGCGAAGGAUCUGCGACGAAGGCAAGCAGCUCUCAGCGUCGAUCGGGCGCUUCUGCUUCUGCGCCUGAGCGCGGGGACUCUCCUGGCGUGACGGGUGCUUCGGAGUCCAGCGGGAGUCCGCCCGUAGAGACAGUAUCUUCAGGAGCUCCAGGUGUGUCUGAAGAUGCUGGCGCCGCGGCUCCAACUGUGACUGUGGCGUCUAAGCCCCGUCCCGAGGAGACAGGCAGUGGAGCUGUAAGCGCGUCCGGCCCUUCGCCGGAGAAGGAGAACGCGAUGCUGCGGGUGGUUUCUCCGACCGCCGGCCGGGCGCUGUGUCAGCUUCUCUGCUCGCCGAGCGUCGCGGCUUCCUGGUCUCAAGGCGCGCACACUCCGCAGCAGCGCGAGGCGCACCAGCAGCAACUGAACUUGGUCGCGAAAGUCGUCGGGUGUCUGUACAGCUCGACGCAGCACCGCGCGUGGGUCGAGGAGGCGCUGAAGCAGAACGCGACGACGCUGAGCCGGGGCAUCAGCGACGAACUGCGCCUCCUCGCAGAGACCAUGCGGGCGUCUGUCCGCUUCUUGGGCCGCGACAGCGGGUCCCCGGAGCCUGCCCUCAGCCCUCACGACGACUUGUGGAGAAGAAGAGACCUUUUGGAUCCUCAGCUGGCGGCCUUCAACCGACUCUGCUCGACGCUGAGUGACGUGUUGAGCCAGAUCGAAGAACAAGCUGGCGGCAAGGAGAAGGAGCGAGAACAAGAGCGCGCCCCGCGGUCGCCAACCUCGCAGGGGAACAACGCCUCGGCUGUGUGUCGGGCCUCGCGCGCGCCGAGUGGCCAAGAGGCGGAAAUGCGGGAGACGGCGGCGCCUGGAAGUUCGUCUUCAGCGCCCACCCCAGGGGCUCCAGAGGGCCCCCCCGCUGCGAGUACGUCUCCGGAGAGAAGCGAAAAAGGUGGAGGAUCUGCGGGCUCUUCUGAGGCGCGAGACACCGCGCUCCAGUCUCUGGAAGCUGCGGCGCUGGAGGCGAUUGAAUCGCUGAACACUGUCGCGAUGUCGACUGCGUCUCGCCAGACUGGGGCUCGGGCCAGCGGCGGGAAGCGGGGCGAGGGGGCGGAGAGCCGCGAGAGGGUUUCUUCGGCGCUCGUCGCGUUUCGGAACUUCUUUGAUCAGUCGGGUGUUGCGUUGAUUUGGGAGCAACUCGACGACGUUCUGACCGCCGUGGAAGAGUGCUACCCGUCACUGACCAUGCAGGUGGCUGCUCCGGGGCUCCUCCCGCCCCGCGAGGCCCGACGGCGACUGCCGGCCGCGGUGCGAGAAGGGGAUGAGGGUGAGGCGCGCCGCGAAGAAGAGGAUGACGAAGGGAGAGGCUCCGAGGGGAGGAGGCGACGCGUGCGACGAGAAGAAGAACUGGAGGAGGAGGAAGAAGACGGGCGCCGGCGCGAAGACGCUGAAGCGUCGGGCCUUGUGGACGGCGGCCGCGAGGUAUGGCCCGCGAGCGCGGCCGCGACCUCGGCGCCGACAGACGACGCGGCGCCCCUCAUUCUCUCUCAACUGCUUCCGAUCCUCGAGGCGUAUUUGCAGGUUCACCAGACGUGCAUUGCGGCGGACUACGACGUGAAAGAGGUGGCGGACCUGGGCCAACUGGAUCUCUUCUCGCUCGCGUCCGAGGCCGCGAAUGCGCCUUGCAUGAAAGUCGGAACGCCCGACAGCAUGGCGAGUCCCGAAGACGAGAAGAGGCGAACCACAACGCAAGAAGACGCGCUGUCGCCCCGCGUGGACUCCAGGGCCGCAGGCGACACUGGCCAGCUCGCGCCGCUCUCGCCUUCGGCGCAUGCAUCCGCAGCGACGGCGAGUCCGAGUCAGAGACACGCGGAACUGUGCUGCUUCGGCGAGCGACACAAGGCGUCGAUCAACGCACUGGUCAAACAGACGCCGUCGCUCUUGACCACCACGCUGCAGCCCCUCCUCAAACUCGCCCCCAUGACUGUGGCCUUUGAAAACAAGCGCCUCUACUUCCGCCACAAAAUACGCGAAAUGCGCCAGAGCGCGCGAUUCGAGACCAUCCGCCUGUCGGUCCGCCGCGACCAGGUCUUCACCGACUCCUACCACCAAAUUCGCAUGCGAUCGGGCGAGGAAAUGAAGGGGAAACUGAACGUGCAUUUCACAGGCGAAGAAGGCGUCGAUGCAGGCGGCCUGACUCGAGAGUGGUUUUCUCUCUUGGCUCGGGACAUGUUCAAUCCGAACUACGCCUUAUUUCGCAGAGAAGGAGCGAAGAGCGAGUUCAACCACCCCAAUCCGCUUUCCUCGAUCAACCCCGAGCACCUGCACUACUUCAAAUUUAUCGGCAGAAUCAUCGGAAAGGCCCUCUUUGACGGACAACACUUGAACGCGUACUUCUGUCGGUCCUUCUACAAGCACAUGCUCGGAAGACGUUGCGUGACAGCCGACGCUGAGAGUAUCGAUCCAACUCUGUACAACAACCUCCUGAAAAUGCUGCAGUAUUCUCUCGAAGAUCUUGGCCUCGAGCUCACGUUCAGCACGGAGGUCGACGAGUUCGGCAUGCACCGUAUCGAGGACCUCAUUCCGAAUGGACGAACGAUCCCGGUGACGGACGCGAACAAGCACCUAUACGUUCAGCUGAUUUGUCAGCGAAAGAUUGUCGGCGGCAUUCAACAGCAGCUGGAGGCAUUCCUUUCGGGAUUCCACGAGUUGAUUCCGCCGGCGCUUAUCUCGAUUUUCGACGACAAGGAACUCGAGCUUCUGCUCUCUGGCCUGCCCACGGUCAACCUCGAAGAUUUGAAAGCCAAUACGGACUACGUGAACUUCCUCCCGACGGAUCAAACGAUCGUCUGGUUCUGGGAGGUCAUGAACGAACUCGACGAACAACAGCGUGCGGCCUUCCUGCAGUUCGUCACAGGAACGUCGCGAGUGCCGCUCGGAGGCUUCAAGUUCCUUGUUGGCAUGCGCGGACCUCAGAAAUUCUCCAUUCAGAGAGCGUACGGCGAAAACAAGCUGCCUACGGCCCACACCUGUUUCAACCAACUGGAUCUGCCAGGGUAUAGCAGCAAGCAGCUGCUGAAGAAGAAGCUUCUUCUGGCGAUUACGGAGGGCAAAGAAGGGUUUGGUUUUGUGUAAACUGUCCAGGCUUGCACAGCUUCUAGUCCGUGUUUUUUUGCUGCCGUAGUUUUCCUCUAUUUGAAAGUGUCAAUCUCCCUCCGUAUGAUUUAGAUUGAUGGUCACUUGCUGGCACGGAAAACGGGGGAAGAAAGUCAAGCCGUCCGCACUGCUCGCUUCGUCUUCUGUGUGUCCUACCCUUGGUGCUUUGUUUUUUUCGUCUAUGCUCUUUCUGCCCGGUCUCUGCGUGCGACGGUGGCGUGCGUUAAACGAAUCCAAGCUCGGUGAUCUACACCCUGCGUACUCACAAAUAACUUCACUUAUGUACGCGUAUGCAAGUGGCUACGUUUCUGUCUUUUGUGAUCCGUUCCUUUAAAUUACCUUCGAGACUAGACGUCGAAUGACCUCUCGUUUGACUCUGGCGCAGAGGUAUAUCUGUGCUGUUUUUUCGCAAGCGCGAGAUCUCAGCAAUUCUUUAUAGCGCGCCCGCCGCAAGAAGUGUGACUGCGUUCUACCUCUUUUCGUGUGCCGUCGUUGCAAGUGGUGCUUUGGCCUGUUUACUUUUUGUUUUGAGAGCGACGUGUCUGUUGCGUGGGAAAAGCGAUACGCGCUGUAACCAGCAUGGAAUCGAGGAAAGAAAUCAGCUCCAGCCAAUGGGGAAACACUUCCGCUCCGGGGGUGGAAGUCGCUCGGGUUGUCCUUUCAUUGAACGCGCUCUUUGUUUCUCUAGAUCUAGUUUUUUUCCUCGACCAGGAACUUUCACAGCGGUGUAGCACUUUACAUUUUUGAACGUUUAUUUACUCGCAAACACUCAUCAGUCCAG